AAUAUUAUAUUAGAGACCAUUAAAAUAACUAAAAUUAUUCAAAUCAUAGUCCAAUCAAAUCCAGCACAAAACAACAAGCCCAACACAAAUGUAUCAAAAAUACUUGUUGGUAGCCCAAAUUCAAUACAAAAUCAGCAAGCCCAAACCAAAUCCAACACAAAUCAAUAAGCCCAACAGAUCAACACCCAAAUAGCAAAUAAUAACCCAAAAGAGCAAGUCUAGCAAAACAACAAGACAACUAGCAACAAUGCCGGUAAAACAAUAGUCACCUAUACCAGCAAAUAAGAAGCCCAAAAACCCAAGAGUCAAAAUCCAAGCCUAGUAGAAGAAAAAUAGCCAAAGUAGCACUAGACCCAAACCAGUGGUUGCCCAAACCAACAACAACCCAAAUCAGCAAGAGCCCAAAGCAAAUAAGACCCAAAGAAUUAGGCCGAACCAACACUAGCCCAACAAAGUAACAGCCCAACCAGCAAGAGCCCAAAGUAUAUAAGAACCAAAGAAUUGGUUCUUAUCUACAGAAUCAGCGUCUCAUCUUUUUCAUCUUCUAUUGGGAAGACGACACAACAGAGGAAGAGAAAGCACAGAACCAAACCUCUGAAAAUCAGCAAGAACAAUCGAUGAAAAAUCAAGUCGAGGAAAACCUCUUGGGGAUGAUUCGAAGCAACUUCGAAACAAAGAAUAGCAAAAAAAAAAAAAAAACGCAGCAAAGAAACAUCCACCGAUUGGAGCAGAAACACAACAAAUAAUAGCAAAUCAAUCUGAUAUUUGUUUGCACAGAGACGCAGCAUCACAACAAAGAACAGUGAAUAGCGAACAGGGACCCAGGAACCUAGAGCAACAAACAACUAUGUGAUGAACCAGAACUCCAAGGCUUCAAAUCUUGGACAGUGAGAAUUCAAGCAAGAUUUGCGGACAGUGAGAAUGACAUCCUUCGUUGACCCUCUAAUUUUGUUUUUCUCGAGUUGGGUUACUCUAAUCAUUGGAUCAAAACAUGCUCUGAUACCAUAUUAACUUCGAUUAAUUAUUGAAAAGAUAAGAGAAAGAAGAAGGAAUAUUAUUGAGACACAAGUAGCUAGAAAAUAUUUUUGAACCGAACGCGGUGGUGAAGUUACAUAUCAUGGGCCUAGUCAGGUAGUGUCAUCUACUUUCCUAGCACAUUUCUAAUAGUUGUUUCCAUUACCUCUUGCUUGGAAUUGGUUGUUAAUUGUAUUUGAAAGAAUUUGGUGUGUUCCACAGAAGAUUUUUGUCACAUCACACAUUACUGUCAUCUAAAAUCGAAAAACGUUUAAACCUGAUUAUAUAAAAAGAAGGGCUUGAAAUUCUGUGAUUAAAAUCCUUGACUUCCAUGUUGUUAGUGUCAAAGAAUUCAAUGUCAUUGAACUAUGAUAUGCAUAGAAAAUCAGAGAAAAAAAGUAUUGAAUCACUGGGACAACCUAUUUCUUCCUAAAAGUAUGCUUUUAUGAAUAUGAUAGAGAGCGCAAUGUUAUUUAAUAGUCUUAAGUUUUUACUUGCACCCUUCUUCCCAAAACCUGAUGUCAUGGUUGAGCUGGGUGCAAGAUUUGACGUUUCAUUUGUGCAACAAUGCAUUGAAAGGUCUACCCUUUUUGGUUGUUUUGUGUACCUAACAUUUUAUGCAUCUUUGUUGCAAUGUAGCUAGUUAUGUACCCUAUUAUCAAUCUUCGUUGUCACAAGAUGGAUCUUCAUUGGUACCUUAGGACGCUAGAGGAGGUGGUCAGUCGUGUUCUUUCCUCAACAUUUUCGAUCAAGGCUUCCCGGCUAGAGGGUUUAACUGGUGUUUGGGUUGGAGAUGAGAAACUCACAGCUGUUGGGAUACGAGUAUCACAGUGGAUAGCAUAUCACGGCUUAGCACUGAAUGUCACCAUAGAUCUAACACCCUUUCAAUGGAUAGUCCCAUGUGGGAUACAAGAUCGUCGAGUUGGAAGCAUAAAAGGGUUGCUGGGAGAAUCUUUAUCAUCUAAUGGGCAUGGAACAACAGAUAUUCGUCAUGGCGAUGAUAACCUUCGGAUUGAUGUCACCCACAAAUCUUUGGUCAAGGAGUUCUGUGAAGUUUUCCAAGUUGAACUCUGCCAGAAACCUAUACCUAUGUUGGAGUUAUUAUAG